GGCUGGGGCACCCCGGGCGCGGCGUGGGGCGAGCGGGAGCGGCCGUGGCUGCAGCGGAAGGUUCUCUCUCCAGGGCUGGACUUAAUAACUUUGGAACUGUCCACCAGUGUCACGUCCUGAACAUGAGCCUCCUCCUCUCCUUCUACCUGCUCGGGUUGCUUGUCAGUAGCGGGCAAGCUCUUCUCCAAGUGACAAUUUCACUUAGCAAAGUAGAGCUUAGUGUGGGAGAAUCUAAAUUCUUCACAUGUACAGCAAUUGGUGAACCUGAGAGUAUAGAUUGGUAUAAUCCACAAGGCGAGAAAAUCGUCUCAACACAGAGGGUCAUGUUGCAGAAGGAAAGCCUCAGGUCACGAUUGAUCAUCUACAAUGCUAACAUAGAAGAUGCAGGGAUAUAUCGUUGUCAAGCAACUGAUGCCAAAGGACAGACACAAGAAGCAACAGUAGUUUUGGAAAUUUACCAAAAGCUCACGUUCAAAGAAGUUAUCUCUCCUCAAGAAUUCAAGCAAGGAGAGGAUGCUGAAGUGGUCUGCAGAGUUAGCAGUUCACCGGCACCAGCUGUUAGUUGGUUGUAUCAUAAUGAGGAACUCACCGCCAUUUCCGACAAUCGGUUUGCUAUGCUAGCAAACAAUAAUCUGCAGAUUCUCAACAUCAAUAAAAGUGAUGAAGGUAUAUACAGAUGUGAAGGGAGAGUGGAAGCUAGGGGGGAGAUUGACUUCCGUGACAUCAUUGUCAUUGUUAAUGUACCGCCAGCAAUCACCAUGCCUCAGAAGUCUUUCAAUGCCACAGCUGAGAGAGGAGAAGAGAUGACUUUAUCUUGCAGGGCUUCAGGAUCUCCAGAACCUACCAUCUCCUGGUCUAGGAAUGGUAGGCUCAUUGAAGAAAAUGAAAAGUACUUAUUGAAAGCAAGCAACACAGAACUCACCGUCAGGAACAUAAUCAACAGUGAUGCAGGCCCUUAUGUCUGCAGAGCCACUAACAAGGCAGGAGAAGAUGAAAAGCAAGCAUUCCUCCAAGUCUUUGUACAGCCUCAUAUCAUACAACUUAAAAAUGAGACUACAUCUGAGAAUGGUCAUGUCACACUCAUCUGUGAAGCUGAAGGGGAACCUAUUCCAGAAAUCACUUGGAAAAGAGCUAUAGAUGGCGUCAUGUUUUCUGAAGGCGAUAAGAGCCCAGAUGGACGCAUGGAAGUCAAAGGGCGCCACGGAAGUUCAGCACUACAUAUUAAAGAUGUGAGGUUGUCAGAUUCGGGGCGUUAUGACUGCGAGGCUGCGAGUAGAAUUGGAGGACACCAAAAGAGCAUGUACCUUGAUAUCGAAUAUGCUCCUAAAUUUGUUUCAAAUCAAACCAUUUAUUUCUCUUGGGAAGGAAAUCCAAUCAACAUAAGUUGUGAUGUGAAAUCAAAUCCACCGGCAUCAAUCCAUUGGCGAAGAGAAAAAUUAGUCUUACCUGCUAAAAAUACCACCAAUUUAAAGACAUAUAGUGCAGGAAGAAAAAUGAUAUUAGAGAUUGCACCCACAUCUGACAAUGACUUUGGACGAUAUAAUUGCACAGCCACUAACCGUAUAGGAACAAGAUUUCAGGAAUAUUUUCUUGCUUUAGCUGAUGUCCCAUCCAGUCCCCAUGGCGUGAAGAUAAUAGAGCUGUCACAGACCACGGCCAAGAUUUCUUUCAACAAACCAGAGUCCCAUGGCGGUGUGCCGAUUCAUCACUAUCAAGUAGAUGUCAAGGAAGUGGCAUCAGAAACUUGGAAAAUAGUACGCUCCCAUGGAGUUCAAACAAUGGUUGUUUUGAGCAACCUGGAACCAAAUACAACUUAUGAAAUCAGGGUUGCAGCUGUAAAUGGAAAAGGACAAGGAGAUUACAGCAAGAUAGAAAUCUUCCAGACAUUACCAGUUCGUGAGCCAAGCCCUCCAUCCAUUCAUGGACAGCCAAGCAGUGGGAAGAGCUUUAAACUCAGUAUUACCAAGCAGGAUGAUGGAGGGGCUCCUAUUUUGGAAUACAUAGUGAAAUACAGAAGUAAAGACAAGGAAGACCAGUGGCUAGAGAAAAAAGUGCAAGGAAAUAAAGACCAUAUUAUUUUGGAGCAUCUACAGUGGACCAUGGGAUAUGAAGUUCAAAUUACAGCUGCCAAUAGAUUGGGAUAUUCUGAGCCAACAGUUUAUGAGUUCAGCAUGCCACCAAAGCCCAACAUUAUUAAAGACACACUUUUUAAUGGUCUUGGUCUUGGAGCCAUCAUUGGCCUGGGAGUGGCUGCCCUGUUGUUGGUCCUGGUAAUAACAGAUGUCAGCUGCUUCUUCAUUCGACAAUGUGGCCUGCUGAUGUGCAUCACCAGAAGAAUGUGUGGAAAGAAGAGUGGCUCCAGUGGGAAGAGUAAAGAGUUGGAAGAGGGAAAAGCUGCUUAUUUGAAAGAUGGGUCCAAAGAGCCAAUAGUGGAGAUGAGAACAGAGGAUGAAAGAAUUACCAACCAUGAAGAUGGGAGCCCCGUAAACGAGCCAAAUGAAACCACACCACUAACAGAGCCUGAAAAAUUGCCUUUAAAAGAAGAAAAUGGGAAGGAAGUCCUAACCCCAGAAACUAUAGAAAUUAAAGUUUCCAAUGACAUCAUUCAGUCAAAAGAAGAUGACAGUAAAGCAUAAUGACAAUGUUACAGCAGCUUGAUCAACAGUAAAAAGAGCAUCUGGAUCACAGUGAACUUACGACCAAAACUAUUCCAUUGACCUUAAUUUCUUGGGAAACUUCUAGCUUGGAAUAGAGUGUACACAUAUACAUAGGAUCAAAUACUCCUGCCCAUGGCCUAUUUCCUUUAUUUGUUGUUGUUGUGGUCGUUCAUUUUGUUAACAACUGCAAUAUAAAUACUUCAAUGGCACCAACUCUUAGGUAUCAAUUUGAUUAUAGGAUUGAAAUAUUGCAAAGUUUUACUGGUGAAAGUGCUCUACUUCUUGAGAACUUUGUAUUACAUACCAUCAACAAAGCAUUUCUAACUCUAAGAAAAGAGACUGUAAUCAGACAAAAAAAGUUUUGUGGCCUAAAUAUUGAGAAAGUCCUGCAUAUAUGUGACUCUUAUCUUUGCCAAAUACAUGGCUAAAGAGGCUUCUAGCUUAUAGUGAAGACACAUAGGAAAGCUUACACAUUUUAUCAGGAGAAUUUCAGGGAAUCAGGCUUAAGAGAGAGCCACUUAUUAACUAACAUUAAAAAUUGAGGAAAUGUUGGAAAAAUCUUUCCCACUUAUGAUUACUGUGCAUUUUUCACACUGUUUUUUGAUACACUGAAGUACCAGAUCAAAAUUGUUACUCAUUUGUAAGAACAUUAGUUGUAUAUAAAACUAACGUGAUUAGAGAGACUUGCCCAUAUGUUGGUCUCUUUGUGUAUGCCAUUCUCACUUACAAUGGAUCACACACAAAAAAUAAAUGUAUUACAAGUAAAUAUGAUUUUGAUUUCUGCCCUCAGCUUCAAAUAAAAGAAAUUGAAAUGGGAACAAUA